GACAACACAACAGAGCUGGAAUAGUUCAUCUAGGUCCAAAAGUUAUAACAAGUAACCACGAUUGCUUGGUAACAUGUUUUUCACUAAGAUGGUGGGCAGAGGGGUUCUUCUUCUAGCUGUACACCUGUGCGUGGCUCUGGUCUCAGUUCAAAGCCAGGGAUCUCAACAGGACAGCUUCAUUAUACAGUAUCUGGAGCGCAGGUUGGCACAGAUAGAGGAGCGUUUGAGCCAAUGUGAGCUACAGAGUAUAACUGCCACACAGAAAAUUUAUGAGCUUUCCUCAGAGGUCAAAGGUCACAUGUCUACUCUUGGUAUUUUUCAAUCUGAGAUGAAGACUCAGGUGGAAAGUGUCUCCACUCGUGUGGAGCGAAUGGAGAGAGAGAUGGAGUACCUGGAAAACAAGAUCCCCACACAGUCUGACAUUGAGAUGGAGGAGGCCCUUUUGGAGCAACAGAUCAAGGACAUCGAGCAGGAGCUGAAGCAGAAGGCCAAGUUCAAAGUAGAAAAUGACUGUAAUACAGCACUAAGCCAAAUCAAGUCUCUGAAGAUUGUAAAAAAAGUUGGGGACACUUCUGGGUCCUGGUUUAAAGACCCUUCAGAGGGGUCAAAUAAGGUGUACCUGAUGAGUGGAAUCCGGAACAAUACUCUGGUGGAGUAUGUUUCACUGAAGAGAUUUACAGAGAAGUCUAUCACUCCAGCUCCCAAAGAACUGCAGCUUCCUUUCUACUGGCAGGGCACUGGGCAGGUUGUCUACAAUGGGUUCCUUUAUGUCCACAAAGCAGACACACCAAAUCAGAUACUCAAGGUUGAUUUACUGAAUGGUACAGUGGUGGACAGCACACUACUUCCUGGAGCAGGUCAAAUGCCAGUCUACAGUCUGAAUCCAAACACAUAUAUGGACUUUGCUGUUGAUGAGCUAGGCCUAUGGGUCAUCCAUGCUGAUUCAGAAUAUGGAGGAAACCUUGUCAUCACUAAACUGGAUAAAGCUAGUCUGUCAGUAGAAUAUACUUGGGAUACUCAGUGUAAAAGUCGGGAUGCUGAAGGAGCCUUCAUCAUUUGUGGGACUCUGUAUGUGGUCUAUAACACACGUUAUGGGGGACGCUCCACUGUGCAAUGUCUCUUUGACAUCCAUGACACCAUUCACAGUAAUGAGAGCCCCGUGAUGUUCUUCCCAAAGAGGUACACGAGCCACAGCAGCAUCCACUACAACCCCAAAGACAAACAGCUGUAUGCCUGGGAUGACGGAUACCAAACAAUUUACAAAGUGGAGAUACAGAGGAAUGUCACUGCUCAAUGAUGAUUUUUUUUCAAUGUGGAUGUCAUGAUUGCACCUGAACUAACCCACACAUGGUCUACGGUUAUCCUGGGAAAUGUAUUUUUAAAUCGUUUUAACUGCUACAAUUUAUGUCACUUGUCAACACAAUAAAUGAUAUUGGUCUGCAAUAGUCUACUCUAGCCACUUCUAGUUUGCCAAAGUUGUCAUAAUGGUGAAGCUUUUGUUUUAAUAAAUAUAUCGUGAUUGGACUUUUUAAAAGAGUAAGUCACCAACUGGCAUCAACCAUAGACUAUGAUAAACAUAAUUGUAUGCAUUAUCCAACAUACAGGACAUGCUUUUUAAACUCAGCCUUCUUAUACAUUAUAUAAUUCUGUGACAGAUGUUUAGAUCUAUCUUUAUCAACAUUCUUACCUCUCUGC